UUUAUUUGUUCUCAAGGUCAAAGUUCGCUUGCAGACACCGAAGACUUUUGUAAGUUCCUAACUUUAUCUGCCUACUUUCUGAGCACGUGUAUUAUGUGUCAAAUAGGUCGUAUUAUGGUUGGGUUGGGUUGAACGUCCUCUACUCAAUACCAUGUACCUCUAAUAUCUUUUUCGUAUGGUGUUUGUGUAAGAUCUAACUAAAACAAAUCUACAAAAUCAUCAAGCAAAAAAUGACACGAUUGUAAUGCUAUGGUUGACCGCUAAAGCAGUCUCCUUCCAACAGAUAAGCUAGCAGCUUGCUUCGUCUGAACGGCUGGUGCAUGGUCUUGUUUCAGAUUUCCUAUUAUUACUUUUAUGGUGUUACAUUUCAAAUAUCUCUAAAAAUUUAUAUUUAUUUCAACCAUGCAGUUGGUAAUACUUCGUUCUACGAGCUUUUGAAGGAUGCAGCCAGUUGAUGAGGGUUUAGAUUAUGCAUCUCAAGGGAUGAUGGAUGAAGACAUAACAUGUACAAUAUCUAGCGAACGAGCCCCAGACCUUCAUGCUGAUUUCGUCGAGUUUUUAUACCGAAGUUUCAAUGUCACGCAGCUGUAUAUACCAUCUUCAUUCUUCACUGCUUUCUAAACGUAUUAAUCCUGAGGAUGUUUGGCGCGUAUUUAUUAGUCGUAUCCAAGCCGAUAUGCAAGGUGUUAAAGAUGGUUUAUCUGUGUCCAAACUUGGUCUUCCUCCUACCAAUUCAAUACUGAGUAGCUUAUCUGAGAUUAUGCCAAAGAGUUCAGUUACAAAUCCAGAUACUCCCAAUUUGAUGACUUCCGUACCGGUGGUUGUAAAAGAUAAUUUAUGUGUCAAUUAUCGUAGACUACCUCUAAAAACAACAUGUGCUUCUAAAUCACUGGAAAACUUUUGUUCACCAUAUGAUGCUGCUGUUGUAUCAUCUCUUCUUCAUUCAGGAGCUUUUAUUAUCGGGAAGUCAAAUAUGGAUGAGUUCGCAAUGGGUUGUGGAUCUACAGAUAGUGCAGUUGCUGGUCCUGUUGUUAAUCCAUGGUCUGAAAAAGCAGCUGGCGAAAUUCGUCUUAUCUCGGGAGGUAGUUCUGGAGGUAGUGCUGCUGCAGUUGCUGCUGGUCUUUGCUUGGCUAGCGUUGCUUCGGAUACUGGUGGUUCAGCACGAUUACCUGCUGCUUAUUGUGGAGUUGUUGGUUUAAAGCCAACAUAUACUUUACUCUCUCGUCAUGGUCUUAUCCCAUUAGUAAACACUUUAGACGUACCUGCCAUCAUUGCACCAUCUGUCAGCGAUGUGGCUUGUGUUUUAACAAGUUGGCUAUCCCCCAUAAAUAACUUUGCACGAAUAGGUGAUGCCACAUGUUCGCAACUUCCACACUCUUUUCUGACUCGUAUGUACAAUGAAUUGCAAGCUCUUGCCAAAGGUGAUUUAGAUUCUGCUUCCAAGGACACUCCGCUACGCAUAGGUAUCCCGUUAGAGUAUCAUGUUCCUGGUCUUCAAGAGGAGAUAUGUUCCAUGUGGGACACUGUUGCCGGUUGGUUAGCUGAUCAUUUAUCCUGUCUUGUACAGUUAGUCAGAUUACCUCAUACACCUAUGGCUACAACUGUGUAUUCAGUUUUGUGUGCGACAGAAGUAGCAUCAAACAUGGCCAGAUACGAUGGGUUAAAGUAUGGAUUUUCCACAACGAAGUUAUCCAACUAUCAUGAAGAUUCAUUACUGAAAAAUACGGUGACACAAUACUCUGCUACUCGUUCAUUAGGUUUCGGUGAUGUUGUUCAAGGCAGAAUUUUCGCUGGUAAUUUCUUUCUUCUUCGAGAUCAACAGUGUCGACAUUUAGCUGCUGCACGACGUCUAUGGCGUUUGAUCAAGGAAGAUUUCAUGAAGGUUUUUGAAUCAGUUGACUUUAUAUUAACACCAGUAUCACCAAGUUUACCUAUUAGUAUAGAUGAAUUUUCCAAACUCGACAAUCGAACACGUACUACACUUGAUGAUGUAUGUACAGUAGCUGUAAAUUUAUCCGGAUUACCUGCAAUUUCAUUUCCUGUCGGUCUAUCAUCUACACGUGGAUUACCAAUUAGUUUACAAUUAAUUGGACCAUACUUUUCAGAAUGUCAACUGUUAUCACUCGCUGCUAAAUUAGAACAUCAGGCAUGUUUUCAACCUUUAAUUAAUCAUAAAUCCAUUAUUGAUUCUAUUUAAGAGUGCUUGAUUUUUAAAAUUUUUCUUAGUCUCUUUUCCCUCAUUUCUUUCGGUAAAUCAUUUGAAAUUGAAUUAUCGAGUGAAGUUGUAUAUCUCCUUUUUUUGUUUCUAUUGGUUUCUUAUGAAAAAGAAAUUAAUUGUACAAAUUUGACAUAUACUAGUUCUAAUUUUUUAGUGAUAUUACGAUGACAAUAUACUGAAUUGUUCUACAGUUUAAUACUGUUUUUUCUUAAUCUAUUAAUCAUUCGAAGAAAAUUAAGUAAAUUAAUUAAGUUUUCCUUGUUUAUUGCAAUUUUUGCCGGGGAAAAGGC